CACAAGAAUCUCAACUCUCCACUAAAACUUUGGCCGAAAAAGUUCAAUUCCUUAGGAACUUCAGUCUUCUUCUCUUCUGUCCUCGGCGUCCUUCCGGCAUACCCAGCCUGCCAAUUCCACCGAACCAACUCCCGUAGACGUUCGCCGGCUGAGAUCCGUCCAUGGACUUACUGCCGUCGACGCCGCAUUGCCCGAGAUGACGACAGCGCUAGCUGCGCAACUAGCGCAGAUCGCCGCGAACUCGAAAUCAACCUUCGACGUCAAGGCGCAGAAAGCCGCCCAUUCCAAGUCGCUGAUCUUCGAGCCGCGAGUGGCCGCCUCGCAGAACUUCCAGACGCUCUACAACAUCUGCCGCCAGGGCUACGACGACCUGUGCGAGCUGGACUCGCGCUUCAUCCCCUUCGGCGCCACGCUCUUCAGCGAGCAAAGCCAACAUGAGGACCGCAGCCAGAUGGCCGCAGCCGAGAAUGCCGAGCUUGACAAGAAGAUCGGCUCCUUCCUCCUCCUCGCCGGAGCGAGGCUAAGGCUGAUGCCCGCCAUCAAGGCCAUAGAAUGGCUCAUCAGGAGGUUCAGGAUCCACGAAUAUAACACAGAAAUGGUUAUCACGACCUUCUUACCGUACCACACGAUACCGGCAUUCGCUACGCUUCUGUCCAUCCUCCCCAGCGAUAUCCCGAUAGUAUACCGGUUCUUAGACCCGUACAUACGGUCGCUGACCCAACCGCCGAGGGCUAUCCUCGUCCACCAGGCCACGCACCAACCCAACUUUCUCGCUACCAUAUCCAUGUAUACCUUGGACGCAUGCCGGGCUCAGCAGCACCAUCCCGCCCUGAUCUCGUUCUGGGGCGGUGUCACGACGGAAGCAGUGAAUGGCAUGCUGGACAGGAUGCGAUCCGGCCGUCGCAGCAUCCAGCAGAGCAAUGAUGCCGAUUUCCUGCAUCAGAUGGGCCCAACCCUCAGCGAUGCCUUGGUCAUGCAGAAGGUCCCUAGCCUUCAGAUCGCUACCUAUAUGGUAGUCUCGGUUAUCGUCGCCAAGGGCGACCUUGACGAUGCCGCAAUCACUGCUCUAAUGGAGCAGCUCGUCUUGGGCUGGACCUCGGAGUCUCUCCGCCCCGGUCUCGUCUGCCUCUCCAUCCUUGCCCAGUAUCGCUCCAGUAAGCAAAUUUCAGGCAAGGUAACGAGGGCACUACUCAAAAUUCCGAACCUCUCUGGUGUCCUUGCCGAAAUCGGCAGAGACCACAAUCUUGGGAGACUAGCAAACGGCCUCUGCUUAGCACUAGUAGAAAGGGUUCGUAAGAAGGGUGAUUGGAAGGGUCUACCCAUAGUCGAGUCGCUCCUCUUAGGCUCGAUUCUCAAUAACCAGCAAACGGCAGUCGUUUUCAAAAGCUUGCUAUUAGCUGCCCACAAGGUUGACGAUAGUGUUGACCCCGCGGGUGAAGCGCGCGAGGCUCUCGGGUCGGUUAUCGUCAAACUCUCGCAACUAGAUACCGACGUGGGCAAGGUUUUCAUAAAAGCGAUCAACGACGUGGAGGUCGAUGUCGAUGCGCUAGAACUGAAACUAGGCAGCUCUCUCCGACCGAAGACGCUGGCGGCACCUCCACGAGACGUCGAAAUAGAGGACACCGAAAAUACGACGGCGCGUGUCGAGGAUUUCGAAUCCACCCUGCGGCGACUGGACCAAGUUUCGACUUCGUCAACGGACUCUUGCUUGCGAGCUGGUUCUUCUGACGUGUUCACCGAUCUAUGUUCCGUUUUCCUCUCCAGUCUAACGGAGCCCAAGAACGUGAAGGCUCUCAACGACCUCGCGCCUCUACAACGCAGCCGAGCGAGCAAGACACCAUUCUACUUUUCAUUCCUGAUGAGAAUUUGGUGUGGGCCCUACCCAAUACUGGCUCGCGCUGCCGCUUUAGACAUGGCGAAGCAGCGCCUCAAAGCCGACGAUUGCAAUGGCGUAGACUUCCAAGCCCUCUUGCCGUACACUCUAGCGGCGCUCAACGAUCCGUCAAAGAAAGUACGACACGCCGCUGCAGAUCUCGCUGCGGUCUUGAAGAAGAUGUUGGUCUCGGUUGAAGCGCGGUCGGACUCCCCCGCUCGCUGGGCCAGCAAUCACCUGUAUGAUACAGCGGAAACACCGGAGUGGAUGGCUGCGGACGUCUGUCUCAAGCUCUUACGAAUCGUCAUUGCGCCCAGUUUAGAAGAGUGCGUGCUAAACGCUGACUAUAUCGUCGAGGCUCUUCAAAGCGCACUAAACGGCACCUUGAACGCCUCAACGGCAGGAGAUAAGAAGAGUCAUCUUUCUCAUAGCACGCGGCGGUCUAUCCUCGUCUUCCUUGCUUCCCACGCCAUCUCGACCCCGCUCGCCACUCUCAAAGUCCGCCUUCUCGCUCCAUUAAACCAGGUCAAGGGCGUAUCCGGCACCACUCGCACCCAUCUACUUCUUCCAUUGCUCAAGUGGUGGUCUUCGUUGUCCCCCGAAGGCGCCUCCCGAGUUUGCGCUGAAGAGAAGAUAGAGGAGCCAGUUCUAGAUCAGAGCAGCGUCGAGAUAGUACUUCCGAACGAUGGUGCCGGCCUCGAAUUUCUAUUACACAUCACAGAGACCCCAGAGAUCCUUGCGAGACCGAACCUCCUGCGUGUUGUUUUUUCGCGUAUUCAAGACGUGUGGCCGUCCAUGAAAACGGAAGCAAGACAUGUAGUCGCGGAGCGCAUGCUCGAGCUAUCACAAAGGAAUCCAUUGAGUGACGACAGUUCUGUGUCUGACGAGGCUGCUAAUCUGCUCAGGAACGUCGAGCUGGCAACAGACAUACUCCUAUUCUUUCUAGAGUCGCUGCCGACUGCAGCAGAUCUAACUACCGAAUCGUCAUCUACCAAGCGUAGGAAAACUAGCUCCUCCGACGCGCACCGAGGGGUUACUACACAGCCGAUACCAGAGUUAAGUGCGACCCUGAGGCAAGUCACCUUCGUGCUACAGCUCGUCGAGGGAUCUGAUCCCGAGAAACGCCCAGAACUACUCAAUGCCUUAUUUGGCGCCCUUUCCGAAUUACAACACUUCAGGGUGCUCGUCGGCUCGGAGCUCGGGUAUCUUCAAAACCUCGUGUUGCGAAGUUUGCUGGCCAUGGUUCCCGCAUACAAGAAUAACGCAGCCCUAAAAAUUGACAGUACAGCUGGGCACGGUGAUCUUCUCGUCAACUGUAUCCAGAAGUCUACAAGCCCCACGGUCCAAGGCACCGCGCUCCUACUCGUGGCAAGUCUAGCAAGCGUUGCCCCAGACCUAAUUUUGAACAGCGUGAUGCCGAUCUUUACACACAUGGGAGGCUCAGUGCUACGCCAGAGCGACGACUACUCGGCACAUGUGAUCAACCAAACAAUUAAGGAAGUCGUACCGCCGCUUAUCCAGUCUCUCCGGAAGGGGAAAAUAAGUCCACUGGCAGGGGUGUCGGAGCUUUUGCUGAGUUUCGUCACCGCGUACGAGCAUAUACCAUCGCACCGAAGGCUUGGUCUGUUUCUGUCCCUAGUAGAAACGCUAGGAGCUGAAGAGUUUCUCUUUGCUCUUCUGUCUAUGCUUGUAAACAUGUACGGCGCAACUGAUCAAGUAUUGCCGUUCGCUGCCGAGCUCUUCAACCACUUCCCAGUUGAGACCCAACUCCAGUCCUUGACCAAGCUUCUCAAUGUCAUUGGCGAUAUUUUCCAGCCGAGACCAAGCCUUUCCUCCGUCCUUCUGGGUACCAAUGAAAAGCCAGAUGAGCGUGAUCCCCAGAAGAUUGGACUUUACCAGCUACACUUAGUUUCUCACCUCCUGUCCAGCAGAAAGUUGACGACGCAUAUCAGCAAACUAACCGAACGAGACGACAUGGUAGCCUCGAAAGUCCGUGAGCUUUACUCAACCCUAUUAGAGGAUCUUCUGAUCCUGGCGGACUCGCUGAAGCAGUAUAAGAGCCUCUACAACCGCUGCGGCGACACACUCUCGAAACUUUUGAACCUGCUUUCAAUUGGAGAAUUCAUCAAAGCAGUCGAGACGCUCCUAGACCGGCCUGACGUCGUUCUGCGCCGGAAGGUCCUACGAGCCGUGGAGGUCCGGAUCGACGACGAGAAUCAGUCGGACGCCAAUUCCAGGGCAGCCUUGCUGGCAUUCUUACCACACCUAACAGCUAUUAUCAGGGUCUCCGAUGAUACGGCAUACAAGCACGUGGCUGUAAGCUGUGUGGAUAGGAUAUCCGAGAAAUACGGGAAGAAGGAUCCGGAGGCAGUAACCGCUGCCGCCGCCACCAUUGCCAGUGAUCAAUGUUUGGGCCAGGACGACGAUAAGCUCCGCGUCAUGGCAUUGCUAUGCCUAGCUUCCUUAGUCGACGUGCUUCAGGACGGAGUUGUCCCCAUCCUGCCAUCGGCUAUACCAAAAGCACUCUCGUAUAUAGCUUCAGGCGUCGCAGGCGAAACCCCGAGAGUAGAGCUCCACAAUGCCGGAUACGCCUUCGUGGCGGCACUCGCACAGCACCUCCCAUACAUGCUAUCUACAUCCUACCUAAGGCAGCUACUGGCUACUUCCAGCGCCUCUGCGCAAUCCAUUACGGGCAGCGAAGCCAAUAACGCCAGACUUCAGUGCCUCCGUUUGCUCGCUAAACAGGUCGACGCCAAGCCAUUGUUUUCCGCCUUGGAACACAACUGGGCUACGGCCACCGGCGCCGGUUUCGUGGCUACGCGAGAAUAUCUUGAGACUCUAGGCAUUGCAAUUGACAAACACUCGAAGGCAGAUAUCACGAAGAACGUGACUACGCUUUCGUCCAUAUUUAUCAAUGCGUUCGAUCUUCGAAGGCUGGAAUACUUCAAGAAGGAUGCCAGCGAGGAUCUCUCGAGGCAGUUGCCUCGUAUUGAAGAGGAUGUCAAUAACGUAGCGUUGAAGAUGAUCUACAAGCUGAACGAUGCUGCCUUCCGACCUAUCUUCUCACAGCUGAUGGACUGGACCACUUCAUUGCCGAAGGAAGGCGACAAUGGCAGGGACCUCCGAAUCGUAAGUGUCUACGGAUUCCUAUUCUCCUUCUUCGGCAAUCUUAAGUCCAUCGUCACAAGCUACGCAUCCUAUAUCAUCGACAGCGCCGUCGAUGUGCUGAAGACGGCAAGUCUGCGAAGACCGGAGGAGCGCGAAUUGUGGCGGAAGGUACUCCAAACCCUAGCCAAGUGUUUUGAGCAUGACCAAGACGACUUCUGGCAAGCUCCCGCCCAUUUCGACGCCGUGGCAUCUGUACUAGCCUCUCAGCUUUCCCAUGCGCCCCACGUCAACUUGGCGGAUGAUUUUAUCCCCACCAUCGUCGAGCUCGCCGCAGCCUCUGAUUCUCAGGAGCACCAGAAGGAGCUGAAUAGCAGUCUGUUGAAGCACUUGCGUUCCGAGCAGAGCUCGGUGCGGCUUGCGGCCGUCAGGUGCGAGCAGGCCCUCACGGGUAAGCUGGGCGAGGAGUGGCUGUCGAUGUUGCCGGAGAUGCUCCCUUAUAUCAGCGAGCUGCAGGACGACGACGACGACGAGGUGGAGCGGGAAACGAACCGCUGGAUUGUAGGGAUAGAGGGAGUACUGGGGGAGAGCCUGGAUGCCAUGUUACAGUGAGGCGCAUAGGAUAAAAUCGAAUAAUAUACCGAAAGCAAAAACAUAGGUACUUGCAUAAAUCAGCCCGCCAGCCUAUUCUGGGAUAACAUUUCACGAUACUCUGGGCUGAUCUCCCGUCUAAUGUCUUCUGUCCCUAACAUAUGCGACGAUAUAAGUGGCAGGUUUAAUUAAACCGACGCAGAUAUUUGACAGACAGGAUUAACGUGCCAUGGCAUUAAUUAAAUUUAUUUAUCCGUUCGUUGCCGACUCGUCGUCGGAGCUAUAACCUGCGAAACGAGCAAAACAACAUCCUUGGGGUGUGUGGUUUUUCAGCCCCCCCGCCAAGCCCAACAAGGGGGAGACGGGCACGCGACGAUAUUUCCACCUUUCUGA